AUGGAGACACCAGUAAAGAGGAUUGACUGGGAACUGGGAGAACUGGGAGGAAACGGCGGGAACUGGGAACAGGGGGGUCCAAACACCCUGAGGAACCACUUGCCCAGAGACACCAAACCCUUCUCCUACCACCACGGCGCCAUAUUUGCCGCCACGACGCCAUAUUUGCCGCCAUGGCGCCAUAUUUGCCGCCACGACGCCAUAUUUGCCGCCACGACGCCAUAUUUGCCGCCACGACGCCAUAUUUGCCGCCACGACGCCAUAUUUGCCCCAACCAUCACGUUUCUCCCUCAUCAACCCCCCGUUCUGCGCCUCCUCCAUAAGAUUCGUUUAAAGUUGUGUAAAGUGUCCAUUUCCGGGUGUAUUUCUGGGCAGACGCCGCGUGGACGAGCGACACGGAGCGCUCCGCGUCCCCCGAGGAACACGACCCCCCCGCGGCGAGGAGGCCCCGGAAUGGCGGCUCCUCGGCCUACGAGCAGCACAAGAAGCACCCGGCGAGGCGGCCGCGGGCACCGCGGCGGGAAACCCCAGAAACACGCGUGCGUGGUGUGCGGGAAGAGCUUCAGCCGCGCCGCCUCGCUCACCCGCCACCACAAGCUGCACGUCGGGGAGCAGCGCUUCACCUGCCCCACGUGCCGCCGGAGCUUCGCCUGCGGCUCCGCGCUCAGGGAGCACCGCGACGGCGCCAGCUGCCGGCACCGGCCGCACAAGUGCCGCGGCUGCGAGAAGAGGUUCGCCUCCGCCAAGUCGCUGCAGAAGCACCGCAAGGUGGGGGGGGCGGGUCCACCUGCAGAACAACGCGUUCCGCUGCCCCGACUGCGGCAAGACCCUGACGUCCAACGCGGCGCUGGUGACGCACCGGCGGAUCCACACCGGGAGCGGCCCUACGGCUGCCCCGAGUGCGGGAAGCGCUUCAUGGCCACCAAAUCCCUCAACAAGCACCGCAAGAGGCACACGGAGAACGGCGCCUUCGCCUGCCCGGACUGCGGCAAGACACUCACCUCCAAGUCCACCCUGAUCAUCCACCGGCGCAUCCACACCGGCGAGAGACCCUACACGUGUCCCGACUGCGGGAAGAGCUUCAUGGCCACCAAGUCGCUCAGCAAACACCGCAAGAGCCACGCGGAGGGCGCCGCGCGCCCCAAAACCACAGAGAACCGCCCCAAAAGCUCCGGCGUGGCCGCCCACGUGGGGAGCCGCGGGGUCAACCCUGGAGAAGCGUUUUUGGAAGGUCCUUCGUUGAAGAAACGCCAGAAGGACCAAGCGCUGGACAAGCCCCACCAGUGUCCGCACUGCGGGAUCCGCUUCACCCUCCACUCCACGCUCCUGCUCCACCAGAAGAGCCACGUGGGACCCCGACCCUACGUCUGCUCCGAGUGCGGGAAGGGCUUCCGGGACGCCACCACCCUGCGGAGGCACCACCGGAUCCACACGGGAGAGAAACCCUACGAGUGCUCCUAUUGCCAGAAGAGCUUCCGGGCCAGCUCCACCCUCAUCAUCCACCGGCGCAUCCACACGGGAGAGAAACCUUAUAAGUGCACAAAAUGCCCCAAAUGCUUCAUGUCCAGCUCGUCCCUCAUGAAGCAUCUGCGGACGCAUCUGCGCAAGGAGCUGCUGCUGGGGCCCAGCCAGUGA